AUGCGUUCUGGUGGUAUGGACAUAUUCUUUAGUUAUGAGAAUGUCUAUCUCGAUGCCGAGAGGCCCUCAGUGUUAAUUGAAAACGAUGCUGAAGUGGGAGAUUUUCGGCUUUUCGAAGCAGAUACCAACACACCCGAUGACAAUGGGGAAGGAGCAGGCGAGCUCAGUCUGACAGAUCACGAUUUAGAUGAGCCUCGACAUCUCUCAGACGCCACCGGAACCACUCUCGAUGCACAGGCUCCCAAUUUACCUUCUAUGGUGCUAGCAGCAGAUGAUGGCUCUAUCACGUUCACUUUCAAUCGCUUUCGUCCCUACGACCUUCUAUACCCCCCACGUCCCGCAUCAGCCAGCGGCAUGUCUUCAGCACCAGUACUGGGAGCUACGACCGAUACUCCCGCUGCUGACGCCGAGGGUGCAGUCAAUGAGGAUCCAUCCCUCGUGCCGAACACAGUGUCCCUGCCUGCCGAUUUUGUGGCCGAUGUUUUCGAAGAUCAUACCAUAUGGGAUCUUCCGCGCACAAUCUCUGAUAUCGACGGCACUGCAGAACGCAAUGACGAAGUCCCUGAUGAUGCUCAUCUGACACUGCACAAGGACGAAGGCGCUUCGGACCUGACUCCACCUGUGCCCCUUGAUGACAUAGCGCCUGACCAUGGUGUCUCUGCGGGGGAGGAUUCAUCCAUGAUAGUUGCCGUUGCUCAGGAAGAAGCAACGGAGGGUGCUUUGCUCCACAUAAUUUCCACUCCGGAACGCUCGUCGGAGAGCGAUCCUGAUCCGUCACCGUUUCCAGAGGUUGAGCAAGAUGCCGAACCCCCAUUCAUGACUGAUGGCCGGGGAAGAGUUGUGUGGAGUCAUGCAAAUGCGAAACAGGGGGCGCCAACCACCACAGGUCGAUCGAGACGACGAACGGAGGCUACGGAUCGCAUCGAUGUCGGAGAGCGAGAGGUAGUACAAGGAUCCAAGUGAAGAUCACGAACCGCCGUUAGGAGGUGUCGUGGGAUGUAAAGGUUCAAUGUUCGAGGGUUAGGCAUGGACGGCCUGGAACGUGUAUAUACGCAUGGCUAUGGUGUAUUAGGUUGGCUCGUACAAUUGUACAACAUCAUUG